AUGACCAUCACUCUGAUUCCGCACUCGAGCGUUGCUCUUCAUUCCGCAAUUUGCCUCGCAAGCCGCACGCACAAGCCCGGAGCCGCCAAGAUGAACUGGAUGACGAGCGGUCGACACCGCGCGCUGUACUCACAGCGCGGGCGACGUCGCCAGAUGCACUUCCCGUCUCAGGUGCAGCACCAGCGCGUGCGACCCACGAGCCCCGUGCGAAGCUCGCAGCCCGCUCGAGCACGCGACUCGACGACUCCCUGGUACAUUCUACCGGUAGGAGACGACGAAGAGUCCCAAGGUCUGGUUAAAUGCACGUGUUUGGUUUCCGUGGGGUAUACGCAGCUACUGACGUCCGCUACAGAUAUUCGCGUCCUGGAGCUGGAGCGCAAGGGCGCCAUGCGUGCUGCUGAAGCGGAAGAUGCUACGGAUCCAAGGACCGAGGAGGCCGCGCAGGAGAGACCUCGGGGCGUUAGUGAAACCAGUGGAGCUCGCCCAAGUCCGACGCAGGAACGAAGUCGCGCGCAGCAGGAAGAGGCUGUUCAAGACGAAGGGAGAAGUGAGACGCGAUGCAUCUUCACGCCCAUAAAGAAGGCGAGAAAGUACGACCAGCUACCGAGUGCUGUUGUCCAACGGAUCAAGCCUGGUGCUGGGAAGAGACCGCCGUCAUCGAUUGCCUCCGGAGUUGACAUGCUUUUCUUCAAGUAA